AAAGGCCCAUCAGGAAAGGCCCAUUUAGGCUCCUCCCUAUCUUCUUCUUCUUCCUUUUCGUUAAACCCUAUAACUGUAACACUACUGUCCUCUGUUCUGCAACAACCAAACUUCAACGUUACGACGUCGUUUUCAGAGGGAAUCAUCAUGAAUCCCUCACACACUCUCAUCCCUUCUUCUCACCACCACCCUUCACUCCUUCCUUCUCCCUUCGUCCCUCUCCGCUCCUCCAAACGACACCGUUUCAGGGUUUCCUUCCCUCGCUGCUCUUCCACCACCUCCCCUCCGCCGCCGCCGUUGCCGCCGAAAGUCCCAAAGGACCUCAAUGGACUGGAGCUCGUCGUUGAUAAGCUAUCACCGCCGCUGCGGCUGGCAACCUCCGCCGUCGUCGUUGCCGGAGCCAUCGCCGCCGGGUACGGCCUCGGCUCUAAGUUCAGCGGGAGCCGGAAUGCGGCCCUCGGCGGUGCCGUCGCUUUGGGCGUGGCCGGCGGCGCCGCCGCGUACGCUCUGAAUGCGGUUGCUCCUCAAGUUGCUGCUGUGAACUUGCAUAACUACGUGGUAGGGCUUGAUAACCCUUCCAUGUUAAAGAAGGAAGAUAUUGAUGGAAUCGCCAACAGGUAUGGUGUUAACAAGCAGGAUGAAGCAUUUAAAGCAGAGAUUUGUGAUGUAUAUUGCCAGUUCGUGUCUUCUGUGCUUCCUCCUGGUGAUGAGGAGCUUAAGGGUGAUGAAGCUGAUAGGAUCAUCAGCUUCAAGAAUUCUUUAGGAAUUGAUGACCCAGACGCAGCUGCUAUGCAUAUGGAGAUUGGUAGGAAAAUUUUCAGGCAAAGACUUGAAGUUGGGGAUCGGGAAGCAGAUAUUGAGCAACGCCGGGCAUUUCAGAAGUUGAUAUAUGUGUCAAAUAUUGUUUUUGGAGAAGCAUCAUCCUUCCUUCUACCAUGGAAGCGUGUUUUCAAGGUCACUGAUUCUCAGGUUGAAGUUGCUAUACGUGACAAUGCCCAAAGAUUAUAUGCUUCCAAGCUCAAAUCAGUUGGCAGAGAUAUUGAUGCUGAACAACUUGUUACACUGAGAGAAGCACAACGCUUGUAUCGCCUUUCUGAUCAGCUUGCUGAAAACUUGUUUAAGGAGCGCACACGGAAAUUGGUUGAGGAAAGUAUUUCAGUUGCACUUGAUAUACUGAAAUCCCGCACAAGAGCUGUCUCUGGAGUUAGCCAAGCUGUAGAGGAGCUUGAUAAGAUAUUGACUUUCAAUAAUGUACUCAUCACAUUAAAGAACCAUCCUGAUGUGGAUUGCUUUGCCCGAGGUGUUGGCCCAGUUUCUUUACUGGGUGGUGAGUAUGAUGGUGACAAAAAGAUAGAGGAUUUGAAACUUCUUUACAGAGCAUAUGUUGCAAAUGCUUUGUCUGGCGGUCACAUGGAAGAUAACAAUCUUGUUGCGCUAAAUCAGUUGAGGAAUAUAUUUGGGUUGGGUAAACGUGAAGCUGAAGCCAUCACACUUGAUGUUACAUCAAAAAUAUAUCGCAAACAACUUGCACAGGCUGUCUCAAGCGGUGAUUUAGAAAUGGCAGAUAGCAAGGCAGCAUUCCUUCAAAAUUUGUGUGAUAAAUUACAAUUUGAUCCACAAAAGGCUGGUGAAAUUCAUGAUGAAAUAUACCGGCAAAAGCUUCAGCAAUUGGUGGCUGAUGGGGAGCUCAGCGAUGAAGAUGCUUCUGCUUUGUUAAGGUUACGUGUUAUGCUCUGUAUACCUCAACAGACUGUUGAAGCUGCUCACUCAGAUAUCUGUGGCAGUUUGUUUGAAAAGGUUGUCAAAGAGGCAAUCCAAUCAGGUGUUGAAGGAUAUGAUGCUGAGAUCAGGAAAUCAGUAAGAAAAGCAGCACAUGGCUUGCGACUAACCAGGGAGACUGCUAUGUCUAUUGCAAGCAAGGCUGUAAGGAAGAUAUUUAUUAAUUACAUAAAACGGGCACGGGCAGCUGGGAGUCGUACAGAAUCUGCAAAAGAACUAAAGAAGUUGAUAGCUUUCAACACCUUGGUCGUGACCCAAUUGGUGAAGGACAUUAAAGGGGAGUCAGAUGAUGAAUCAACUGAAGAUCUUGGAAAGGUUGAUGUGAUACAAACUGAUGAUGAGGAUUGGGAUUCUCUUCAGACCCUGAAGAAAAUAAGACCAGACAAAGAACUUUUAGCAAAGAUGGGAAAGCCUGGUCAGACGGAAAUUACUCUUAAAGAUGACCUUCCAGAAAGAGACAGAAUUGAUCUUUACAAGAUAUACUUGCUUUUCUGUCUAACUGGUGAAGUGAAACGGAUUCCAUUUGGUGCUGAAAUCACUACAAAGAGGGAUGAUUCAGAAUAUAUUCUUCUAAAUCAACUUGGUGGUAUUCUUGGUUUGAGCGGUAAAGAAAUAGUCGAAGUACAUAGAGGUCUAGCAGAGCAAGCUUUUAGGCAACAAGCUGAAGUAAUUUUAGCUGAUGGACAGUUGACAAAGGCCAGGGUGGAGCAGCUUAAUAAUCUGCAGAAGCAAGUUGGGUUACCUCAAGAAUAUGCUCAGAAGAUAAUCAAGAAUAUAACUACAACCAAAAUGGCAGCUUCCAUUGAAACUGCAGUAACUCAAGGGAGGCUGAAUAUUAAGCAGAUAAGAGAACUUAAGGAAGCCAGUGUUGAUAUAGACAACAUGGUAUCUGAGAACCUGAGAGAGACCCUCUUCAAAAAAACUGUUGAUGAUAUUUUCGCAUCAGGUACUGGAGAGUUCGAUGAGGAGGAAGUAUAUGAAAGAAUCCCAUUGGAUCUCAGCAUCAAUAAAGAGAAAGCUAGAGGUGUUGUUCAUGAGCUUGCACGAACUAGGUUGUCGAAUUCACUCAUUCAGGCUGUGGCACUAUUAAGACAGAAAAAUCGGCAAGGAGUGGUUUCUUCACUCAACAAUAUGCUUGCUUGUGACAAAGCGGUGCCCGCACGGCCACUCUCAUGGGAAGUGCAAGAGGAGGUUGCUGAUCUUUACGCAAUAUUCACGAAGAGUAAUCCAACUCCGGAAAAAUUGUCUCGUUUGCAGUAUCUGUUGGGCAUAAAUGAUUCCACAGCAGCUGCUCUUCGAGAGACGGGAGAUAGAUUGCUUAGUGAUACUGCAGAGGAAGAGAACUUUGUAUUCUGAGAGUUGUAACAGAUACUUGUCAAUAAGCAUAUUUAAGAAGUAGCGAGCCCCUUACCAAUCAACCAACUUUGAUUUGCCAUAUUGUUUAAAGGUGCAAGAAAAGAAGAAAAUCAUGAUAUAGAGUCGUGGAAAUGAUGACACGCAGAUUUAGCCUUAGAAAUCGGAAUUUCAGAUAGCCAUUAUAUAUUGAUUGUUCAAUUUAUUCAUAUUUUUUAAGAUCACACGAGACAAUUUUAUUCGAGUCGAAAAGGUGCACAGCAAAAUCAUGGCGGGGUUAGUGCUCCCAGCGAGAACUCUUUUCUGGUGUAUCAUUGAAAAUGAUAUUAAGCUUCGUUAAAACAAGUGAGGAGCUACGUUUGAUGAGGGAGGCUGCACUGUAUUAUUAUUAUUACUACUAUUGUGCGUGGGAAGAAUGGGUUAUUUUUGCCAAUGAAAAUUCAACGCCAUCAUAACAUUUACCAUAAGGAGAGAUGACAGUAAUUCGAAAAGGAUUUUGGUUGCACAUUGCAACAGCUAAAGUGGUGUUAAUUUAGAUUCAAUUAGGUUGUAGGAUUUGUAAAAUUAUUUCUUCAAAAAAAUUGACAAAAAAAAAGUUCUUUAUAUGCCUAAUUAUGAAAUUGAAUAUGCAGGCAUUAAUUUCAGU